AUGCCAAACUAUAAACUCACUUAUUUUAAUAUGAGGGGGAGAGCAGAAAUUAUUCGUUAUAUAUUUGCAUAUUUGGACAUAAAGUAUGAAGACCACAGAAUAGAACAAUCUGAUUGGCCUGAAAUCAAGUCAACUCUUCCAUUUGGCAAAAUUCCCAUUUUGGAAGUCGAUGGAUUGAACCUUCACCAGAGCCUAGCAAUAGCAAGAUAUCUGACCAAAAAUACAGAUUUGGCUGGAAAAACAGAAUUGCAACAAUGUCAAGUUGAUGCAGUCGUGGACACAUUGGAUGAUUUCAUGUCUCGUUUUCCUUGGGCAGAGAGAAAACAAGAUAUAAAAGAUCAGAUGUUUAAGGAGCUACUCACAUGUGAUGCAUCUCAUCUUCUGCAAGAUUUAGACACAUACUUAGGGGAAAAAGAGUGGUUUAUUGGUAACUCUGUAACUUGGGCAGAUUUCUACUGGGAAAUUUGCAGUACCACACUUUUGGUCUUUAAACCUGAUUUGUUGGACAACCAUCCCAGGCUGGUGACAUUACGUAAGAAAGUCCAAAGCAUUCCUGCCAUAGCCAACUGGAUAAUGAGAAGGCCCCAAACCAAACUCUAGGUGAUGCCUGCUGCCUCCAAACUUCAUUAUUCUUCACAGCAUCACUCUCAUCAGAUACGAAGCUACAUCAGCGUGCUGCAUAACCUGCACACUCCCCUCCCCAGCUCCAUCAAGACUUUCACU